GUCCACAGCCAAAACACCAAGAACAAGAGAGUCUCAAGCUCAGUAAAGACGUUCGAGUUCUAGCAGGAGUGAUGACUGCUGUGUACCGCAUACUCGUCAGUGCCAUCUCUCUUCUCGUGCUGUCGACACGCGGCGUGUGGACAUUGUCGUUCACUGCAGAGCCCGAAGAUGGUAUUGUACCGGCAGGAUCGAGUGUUACUCUCCACUGCAUUGUCGACCAACGUGACUCAGCAUCAGCAACUUACAUUUGGUACAGAAAUGGAAAAUCUCUCUCCAAUGAUAAGGUCUACACGAUGGUCGCAGGAGAUCUAACUAUAUCCGUACCGGCCGGUUUAAAGGAUUACGGGAAAUAUGACGGAACGUUCCAUUGUCUUGUCUCCAAUAAAGUCGGUCAACUGAGAAGUAGAGAUGCAAGUGUUGUAGUGAGUCGAAGCACUGCAGCAGGUCAUUUUGGACCAGUUGGCGGUCAACAGACAAGAUUUGUUCCCCAUAAAGAUGAAAUAGUUGCUGUUGUACAAGAAGGAUACUUUACCCCUCACGAAACCGCUUGGCACAUUGAAUGCACGACGGAAACCAAUGCACAGAUAUCAUGUCCAUCUACAGCCUGCAAUCUAACAUACACCAUAUAUCCAAUUGAUGGUCAAAAAAGCAUGUCCGUUCUACUCAUGACUCUUCCUCAGCUUCGACAAUUGACCACUAGUUCAACGUGCACAAGUUUUUCUCUAACCUCCAAAUGGGAUAAAAAUAAUCUCCUACAUGCAAAAUUCGUUGGGCGAGAAUUUCCACCUAGACGUAUCGUUCUACCAGUUGACACAAACGCUGUGGCUGGCAAGGAUGUGGUUCUUCCUUGUCAUGGCAAUCGUGUCAGCUCUUACAGUUGGACUAAGAAUGAUGUUGUUCUUGAUGCUAACGCAAAUCCAAGGAUUACAAUUAGAGGUGGAGAUCUGCACAUCAAAUCGGUAACAAAGUCAGAUGCUGGAGAAUACGUCUGUACACCUUCCAUUGCGGCCAAGUCCAAAAAGACGACCGCUACUCUUGCAGUUUAUUCUGCUCCAAGUGUGAUACUCUCAGUGCACAGAGGAAUGUCACAAGUAACUGUGACCUGCACGGUAUCAGGUAGCCCAGAAAUCAAAGCCAUACUCCUUGUUCAUGGAUUACAGAAAGUCAAUGUAACUCUGAAAGCUGCACCUCAUAAUCUAGAACGCAGUUUGCCUCUGGAUGCUAAAGGAUUGGUUCAGUGCGUUGCAUCGAACAAAUUCGGCAGUCUGCAGACCAGUCGUGAUGUCAUGUCCUCAACAGUAUCACCUACUACGAGUGUUCCAGACGUUACUACAUCCUCUCCAACUAGGAAAGAAACCUCAACGCAGGUUGAUGUCAAAGAAACUAUAGACACACACACGCAUCCACCAACAACCCCCAAAAUAGAAAAGGAGCAACAAACAGAUUCUAGCAAACGACUGAAUGAACAACAAGAUUCAAAUACAGUAACAAACGAAACCCAAGGUAGUAAAAGCAAAGAGUUUGACACCACAACGAAAGAAGAUCAAUCAACAACUGCAGAUCACGAUGGCCAAACAGUUCAGCAAGACAGUACGUCAUCCACCUCUCAGCCACCUGUAGGUAUCGAACAAUUGCCAGCCUCUAACAAGGAUAAGUCUUCUCAUGGCUUGACAAGUGGAGCAGCUGCUGGCAUUGCGGUAGCAACAAUUGUGGUACUUGCAAUUAUAGUCAUUGGACUGGUGUUAUGGAAAAGAAAACAAUCAAAAACUCGAAUAAUGUGGGAUGUAAAGACUGCAAGAUAUGGUACCGUGCUGCAGAAUCCAGCGCUUGGAGACCUUGAUGACCUGCAAGAACCCAAAACAGACAAUUCGGAUGCAAAAAAAUCAGCCAACUUGUCAAGAGUUGGCGUCAAUGAUGAUGCUGCUGCCACCAUUUCUAUUGGAGCCGAAUCUAAUCCAGUUUUGGGAAAACACAACUCGUCAGUAUCAUAUGGAACACCCGACCAUAUUACAGUUGGAGAAGAACUGUAUGCUAUCAGUACAAAGUCCCGUAGCAAUACACCAAAACUCACUACCAACAAAUCAGAAGCAGCUGGUUAUGUUUUGCAUUACCAGAAGGGAGAUGACGAGGACGUCAUUGCAAUGAAGCAAGAAAGCUCAGAUAAUCCCACAAUGAAAGAAGACUUAGAAGAAGAGUCGCCAUAUGCUGAAAUAAACCUAGAUGACAUCAGAGACGAACCAGACGAUGCCACCAAAGCGUAAUACAAAUGAUGAUAUGUGUGCAGAUGGUCUAUCACACAGCACUACAGCACCUGCAAAGCACUUGCUCUCUUUGACAAAUCAGAUUUGUGGCUACUAUUAGGUACCAACAUCUUCUCUGAUACAUUAGAAAUUUAGUGUGCUCGCUCUUUCUUUCAUCGAUUUUGUCUUCAUUGAUUUCGUCUAUUCAAAAUUGCAGGCUUUCAGUAUAA